GAAUUCCACAUAUGGGGGCGGAUGUUUGUGGUUUUAACGACCCUUCAAACGAAGAACUUUGCCUUCGUUGGCAACAAUUGGGGGCAUUUCAUCCUUUCUUUAGAAAUCACAAUUCUGACGGUUUACCUCCACAGGACCCCUGCCAAUGGGUAUCUGUAGAAAUUGCAACACGCGUCUCUAAUUUAUUUCGUUAUCAACAUUUACCUUUCUUAUAUACAUUACAUUUUCAAGCUUCACUCAAAGGGGGCACAGUUAUUCGGCCACUUUUCUUUGAAUUUCCAAAUGAUUUUAAUACUCAUGAUUUAAAUUAUCAAUUUUUGUGGGGAUCUUCUUUGAUGGUUAUUCCCGUUUUGGAUCCUGGGGUAGAUAAUGUCCGUGCCUAUUUUCCGAUUGAUUCUGUUUGGUAUUCAAUUAGUCAUGCAAAUCAAUAUGGAUCUGAAUAUUUUUCUGGUUAUUAUAAUUUAAAUGCGCCUCGUGGUUCAAUAAUUGUAAAACAAUGGCCAGGACUUACAACAAAAGAAUCUCGAAGAAAUCCUUUUCAAUUAACUGCUGCUUUGGACCCAAAAACUUUAACCGCCGAAGGUCAACUUUAUUGGGAUGAUGGAGAAUCAAUUAUUUCGAAUUUUGAUAGUCAUCAAUUUUAUCAUUUUGAAUUUACAAUUAAAAUUACAAGUGAACAUAAAGGGAAUUUAACAAUUAUACGUAAACAUACUCCAAAUAAUACAUCAAUUAUUUCUUUACCUCCACUUUCAAUUAUUGAAAUACUUGGAUAUAAUACAACACCAACAUCCAACAACUAUUUAAAUAUUCAAAUAAAUGGAAAAUAUUUAAAUAUUAAAAACAGUGAAAUACAAAUAAAUUUAAAUAAAACAAAAAAAUAUUUAAAAAUACUUUCCCCAGUUUUAAUUAAUUUAAAUGAUAAUAAACAAGAUGUUUGGAAUAUUGAAUGGUUUUGA